AUGGCACCGACUGCGUGUAUUACCCCUGUUGAGGUAUGCACCAUGAAGAACCACAUCUGUCGUGAUCUUGGUGUGACCAGCAACCAUGGGGAGGAAUUGUUGCAAUCUCGGUUGGCUGCCAAGGACCUGGUCCUUGACAUAUUGAAGAAGCGUGCCGCUGAGGUGGAUGUGGACCGCUGUGGAGCGGGAGAGGAGGAUGCUUUUUAUGUCGCUGAUAUGGGCGAGGUGUAUCGCCAGCAUAUGCAGUGGAAGAUGAACUUGGGCCGUGUUAAGCCUUUCUAUGCUGUCAAGUGCAACCCAGACCCUGAGGUCCUUCGUCUCAUGGCCCAGCUUGGCAACGGAUUUGACUGUGCUUCCAAGUCCGAGAUCGAUCUUGCCCUUCAGACGGGCAUCGAUCCCAGCCGAAUCAUUUACGCCCAGCCGUGCAAGACCAAAUCCUACCUCCGCUACGCCAAGGAGGUGGGUGUCAAGCAAAUGACUUUUGAUAAUGCCGACGAGCUGUACAAGAUCAAGACCCAUUUCCCGGAGGCUGAACUCUACCUCCGUAUCCUGACCGACGACUCAACCAGCCUGUGCCGAUUGAGCAUGAAGUUCGGUGCUUCCCUGGAUGUGGCCCAACAGCUGCUCCAGCUUGCCCACCAGCUCGAACUGAAGGUCGUUGGUGUCAGCUUCCACGUCGGCUCGGGCGCCGAGGACCCCCGUGCUUUCCUUAAGGCGGUCCAGGAUGCCCGCCUGGUCUUCGAUCAGGCCGAGGAGAUUGGACAUGAGCUUCACACCCUCGACGUUGGUGGUGGUUUCUGCCAGGAUACUUUCGAGAAAUUCUCGGCCAUCCUGGGCGACGCUUUGGAGACCUACUUCCCGCCCAAUGUCCGCAUCAUCGCUGAGCCUGGUCGCUACUACGUCGCCAAUGCCUUUACCCUGGCAGCCAACAUUAUUGCUCGACGUGACGUUCCGGACCCGAUGGAUCCCUCCCGCGAUGCGUACAUGAUCUACCUCAACGACGGUGUCUAUGGCAACUUCUCGAAUAUUAUUUUCGACCAUCAGCACCCCGUUGCCCAGAUCCUUUCGUCUGCGGCCAACCCCGAGCAGGGCACUCCGAAUUCUGCGACUUCGGAAAACAUCUCGUACUCGAUCUGGGGCCCCACCUGCGAUGGUAUUGAUGUGAUCAGUGAGCGGAUUGAUCUGCCUGGUCUCCUCAAUACCGGUGACUGGCUCUACUUCGAAGAGAUGGGUGCUUACACCAAGUGCAGUGCCACUCGUUUCAAUGGUUUCUCUGACAACCACGAGGUGAUCUACAUCUCGAGCGAGCCUGGUGCUUCUGCCCUGCUCAACUAUUGA